AUGUCAUUACAAAAUUUUGUUGAUCCACCCAUGCAACAUUCCUCGGUGAUCAAAGAUGACAUCUCCUUGGUAGUAAAAGAUUCCGAUGACCAUUGGAUUGCAGACUUCCUUAAUCUCUAUGGAUGUCAUGUCCAAAAAUCUUCUUCGGCAGAAUCUUCAAAAUUCUCUAUCGUUACCCCGAAAGUUGUGCGUGACAUUAUCCGUAAUAAAGAAUUACAUCUUCCUCCAACUUGUCACUCCUUGGCUGAUAGAAAUGCUUACAUCAUCCUCCUUUUAAGAUUUGUCCUUCGUGAUUGUGCCUUCACGGAAUUAACUGGUGUACCCCUUGUUCCUGUUAACUGCAUUUCUUAUUCCGCUUUCGGUACCCAACAAUAUUAUUUGGCUCUCCCUUCGGAUUUACAAUUCUUUCCAACUGUUGGUUGCUUUGUCUUGAUCACCGUAGAAUUACCCGAUGACGUUAAAUCUAUUUUUGAAUCAGCAGAAUUUCAGUCUGUGAACAAGAUUAAAAAAUUGGAUCUCAAUGGUUUUUACUGCCUUUUUCGUCAUGAACUUCCUCGUGCUCCAAUUCGUGACUGGGAUCCUGAUGCAACUACCUCUUUUCUCAAUAAACGUUGGCUUGAAAAUUUUUGGGAAAGAAUUUCUCAAUUUGAUGUUCAAGAUUUAAAAUUGAUUGGAAAUUAUCCUCUCAUUCCUAUAAUUACUUCUACUUAUAAUAAUUAUCAUAUUUAUGAACUCAUUUCUGUAAAGAAUGAUCCUCCUAUAUUGAGAUUUCCCAAAAGAAAAGAUGAUGUAAUAGAUGUCUUGAGAAAACUUGGUGUUCUUUUCACCGAAGAUUAUCGGAUAGAUAUUACGAAAAAAUUUAUUUGGGAUUGGAAUCCUUCAAUGGUCGUUAAGGCUAUCGAUAAAUCUCGGUCUAUCAAUAAAACUAGUAUGGAUGCCUUGUUUCAACAUAUUUGUGACGACGAAAAAGAUAAGCUUCGGGAAUAUAUUGUCGCAAAUGUGUGCGAGUUGUAUCGGAAAGAUAUUUUACGUCAAUUCCCUAUUUGGCCUACUUAUUCCGCUGAUGGUAGUUACAUCGCUGCUUAUUGCGGUUGUCUGGUUCCGCACGGUCUUCCAUAUUUCCAAGUUAAUUUGUCAAGUUCAAAGACUAAUUAUAUUAAUUAUAAGAAUCCUGAUGAAAAACUUUCAUUGAAAAGAUUAGAUGUUGUCGAAUCCAGUUAUAUUCAUUAUCUAUUUUGUAUUUUCAAGAAUCUUGACUUUGUUCGACCUGAUGACCCUGAAUAUUUGGAAUUUUUAAAAGAAUUCUUACGUCUUCCUACUCAAUUACAUCCAAAUUGGUUGUCUGAAUAUCGUUUCAUUCCUAAUAGUACUAAAUCUGAAUUGAGGCUUGCUAAAGAACUUUACGAUGAUAGAGUUCUUCUGUUCACUACUGUUUUUGCUGGUUCUGAUGUAUUUAUUGCUCCUGAACUUCGUUGUGGUUGGUUAUCCAAAGGUCUAGUCGGUUUGGGCUUUCAUGAUAAAGUUGAUGAUGACACUUUCAUCAGAUUGGCUUCUGAAAUUCAUCAUUUAUAUGAUUCUCCUUCUCCUCCUUCCGAUUUAUUCGAUCGUGCUAGAAUGUUAGUUCUUCACUUUUAUUAUAAUGUUGAUGAUCUUAAUUUCACUUGUAAUAGAUGGGAUGUUCUCAAAUCAAUUAAUUUUAUCCCAUCAAAACCUGUGGAUUAUCCUUAUCUUGAAACUGCAAAAUUCAAGACUCCUGAACUUUGUUCUUUAAAUUCUCUUCGUCUACCUAAACACAUGAAAUUAUGUUGGACUCAAUGCGCUUUUUACGAUGAUCUUGUAAUUCCUCCUGAAAGUGUAUUGAAUAUUCAUAGUGAUCUUGGCGAAUUAUUCUUUCAUGACGUAAUGGAUCAACUCGUUGCUAUUAAGGAAAAUAUUGUUGACAAGCAAUCUGAUGAAUGGAAAGGACAUGGUGCACCUGAACUUCUUUUUACUAUUAUUAAUGGACUUUAUGGAUGGUUAGAAGAUAAUUUGCUAUUAAUGAAACGUAUAGGUGAAAUUGGUGAACAAUGGUUUAUUGGGGACCUAAAAUCAAGUCUUGAAAAAAAUUCUACAAUAUUUCUUAAUGGAAAUGACCCUUUCGAUUUGAAAAAUUGGACUUCUGCAACAAAUUUAGUCUUAAACAUAGAUAUCGAUGUAGAUUGUCACAAGAAAGCUGCAAAUAAAAAUCUCGCUCCAUAUGGUAAUUUAUUACAAUUAUGUGGAGCCUAUAAUUUUAAUCCGGCAACUCCUAUGAAUUUCGAUGUUCCACAUACAACAUUACGAAGGGAAAAUAUUGUUAACAAAUUGUGUAGAUAUGUGGAUCUUAAUUUUACUCAAAAUUCUCCAAAUUCUAACCGUUUAAUCGCCGGCUUGGAACGAUUCCAUGAUAUUUUUUUCAACAUCCGUG